AUGUCAUCUACACCGUUGAAGCGCGCGGGGGAUGAUCUGGUCGACGAGCGCGGCGUGGCAAAGAAGGCCAGGACGUCCGCACCCACUCCCUCAGCCUCCCCUCCUGCGGACCACACCAUGGCACACCACCCCGAAACCCCGCCCUUAGGCACGACACAACUACCUGGUCUGGGAAUGCAGCAUGAAGGUCAUUCUAAGAGCAGCAGCGUGAGGUUCCCAACCCCACCGAGCACAGCGAGCUUUCACAGUCACAUGAUGGCGAGGGGCGCAAGCAGCGAAGGCGCAGGCGUCGAGAGCAGUGACGAUCAAACCCCAACAGAGCACAGAAGGACGGACCACGAGCGGGAAGGGGAGGAGACACAGCAAUCCACCGCAGACUCAUCACUACCUGCAGCAACUACGCUGUACAAACUCCGCACAGACCCUAUCCCACCCUCCUCCGUCCCCGGUACCGCUAAUCUCCUCGAGCUCUACGACCUCACCACCCUCCAGUCCACCGUCGCUCGCUACGAUCCGGUGACGGGCGAGAAGAUUAACCGUCUCCGCAAGCACUACGCGGGGAAAGUGAAGCAGCUCGGCCUUGACGGAAAGAAUAAGCCUCUGAAGAAAGAGCUUGAGCUGCAAGGGUUGUUGGAUCCGGCGUGGAGUUAUGAGGGCUCGAGUGGGCGGACGUUGUGGGAGGAGCAGCGGAGCGAGGCUUUUUUGGAAGACGAGGAGGAUGCCGAGUUGGCGAUGUCGAAGCUUGAGCUGGCGUUUAGUGGGUUCAAGGAAGGAUCACUCCCGAAAUCCGAGCAUGAGCACUGGAAGACACAGCUGGGUCUUGACGAGCAGGUAGCAGCAGUGCCAGCGGCAGCGGCGAAGCAGCAACCUGUCCCUGCGGUUGCGAAGGCGCCGGCUGGGACAGCAGCUUUCCUUGCCAAGACAGCACCAGCGAGGAACUCUGCCCCGGCAUCUCCGAGUCGAGCUCAGAUAAGACCUGAGCGGUCAGGCAAGAAGCGGCGGUACGACGAGAACAGCUGGGAGGGAUAUGAUGACGACGGCUACAGCACCGGCGGGCUUGACGACACGGGUAGCAGGCGAGGCAGUGCGGGUGGCGGGGGCGGGAAAAGGGUGAAGCGGAAGGUGAGUGCAGCUUAUUGA